AUGGCUAAUUGGCAACGUAGUUUUUCUACUACACUAGUAUUCUUAUUUGUUUUAGCUCUUGCCGUUCACGGACAAAAACAACAACAGCAAUCUGGUAACAAACGACAAAAAGGACAAUCGCAACAGUUGCAACAGCAAUAUGAACAACGCCCAAGACCGACACAGAACGUGCAGCAUAAGGAAAGUGCACACGCUGCCCAGGAGCGACCACAAGGGCAACAAAAGCACCGUUAUAUUAUAAAAGAUAUACCGAAUUUGGGUCGCGUACGUGGACGUGCACUCAAAUCGCAAUGGUCUGGUAUGUCUUUGGUUCAAUUUCUUGACAUCCCCUAUGCGAAGUCACCAGUUGGUCCAUUGCGCUUUAAGCCGCCAGUAGCAGUGACACCAUGGGAGGGCGUUCUGAAUGCUCACAAAUCACAUGUCGGUUGUCCCUCUCUGCAGGAUUUGAAUAAUUACAAUCAUUGGCGUAAGAAGAAAAUUGAUUUUGAAGAUUGUUUGCGCUUGAGUGUCAGUACGAAGUCUUUCACUGGCAAGGCACCCGUAAUGGUUUACAUUCAUGGCGACUUCCUCCAUGAAGGUAGCAGUAACGAGGCAGCUCCGGGCUAUUUACUAGAGGAAGAUGUUGUGUUAGUAUCGGUGCGUUACCGUUUAGGUCCCUUCGGUUUCCUGUCAACCAUGACCGAUGAAAUACCCGGAAAUGCCGCAGUGCAUGAUGUCAUUUUGGCAUUGGAAUGGAUUCAGCAGCAUAUUUCUACCUUCGGUGGUGAUCCAAAACGCGUUACAUUAUUUGGUCAAGUCGGCGGUUCGGCCUUGAUUAAUGUAUUAACUAUGAGUCCAGCGGUUCGAGAUGGUCUUUUUCAUCGCGUUAUUUAUCAAUCCGGUACAGCAUUGUCACCGCCAUUCAUCACAGACAACCCACUACCGGCCUCCAAAGAUAUAGCCAAAUUUGCUGGUUGCAAGAAUGUCAACAAAGUGAAUGCCCUGAAUAAGUGUUUGCGCAAACUCAAUACCACCGCAUUAUUAACGGCAUUCAGUGCCCAUGGUGACUCUAAGGCACCUCUGGGUGUUGGUAAUUACGGCGGUGUUCAGUUUGUCAUUGGCGGUCCUUCGGGUGUGCUACCAAAGCAUCCAGGGAAAUUACUGGCCUCAGAGGAUUACAAAGCUUAUCCGACGCUCGGUGGCAGCGUUAAAAAUGCCGGCACAUUUAUGCUAAAAGAUAUCUAUGUCGAUAACUUCAACGAGACGAUAAUUGAUGAUCAAUUGGACGGCUUGGGCUAUAUUGAGCAAAUCAUUUCGCAGACUAAUGGUCCAGAUCCUACCGGUGCUUGGAAAAAGUUUGCACUGGAAACAAUUUUUACCACUGAGGAAAUCAAAAAUGGCUCUUUUUACAAACUCGUGCCGGGACUGAUAGAUAUGUGCAGUAUAAUUCCCUUCAAGAAUCCUGUUUUAUUGACCGUACAAGCUAACGCAAAGAAGCUUGCAAACAGUACAUAUCUAUAUACAUUCGAUUAUGAAGGCGAAUUCAACCGCUAUUCACUGCGUGAAGAUGUCGAUGGUUCCGCACCUUUCGAACUAGGUGUCUCAUUAACCGAUGAUAAUUUGUACCUUUUCCCUUGGCCUCGGCAGCGUUCUUUAAAUUUGAAUCGUGAUAUUAAAAUUGCUAAACGUAUGGUCGCUUUUUGGACAUCAUUUGCCGCUAACGGCGUACCGACGGCACCGAAUACACCAGCUUGGCCUGCUAUGACAGAUGAAACCGGUCCGUAUUUGAAGAUUGGCCGUGCCGUUACAAUUGGCAAUAAUUAUAUCGAUGAAUAUAGUAUAACAGUGAAAGAAGCGCGUCAGGGAUAUAACCUGGUUAAUGAAGACUUUUUCAGUAGUUUGGUAGAGAUAAAUGAAUUAGAGGAAGCUGACGACAAAGAGGGCGAAGUUGAUGAAAUCGGCGGGGAUAAUGGCAGAAAAUUUGAUUUUAUAUUUGGUGGGCAGAAAGGUUCACGCCCUCUUAGAAACAACAUUGAGGUAUCUAUGAAUUGA